AUGUCAGCGGAGUAUCAUAAUGUUGAGCUUCGUAUGUUUGAUGAGGCCCAGUUCACUUGUCGAACGCUCGGAACUGGAUUGACAGUUGGAUUGAGAAACUCUAAAGUGAUUUCUGUUCGUAGGAAUAAUGAAACCGUUAGGGAAAUCCAUAUUUCCUCUCUGGCUAAUAUAUAUCGUUUCUCACAAAAAGUAGUAGCUGUCUGUGCGAAAAAAUGCGUUGGGGACGCGGUUUUCACUACGUAUUUGUUGGGGUUCGAUUCUCCAGGGGAUGUCCGUAGCUUUUUAAAUUCUUCCGAUCUAAUGAAACCGCUAUGUGAAGAGAACAAGAAGGAGACCCGCACUUCCAUUUUCGAUAAGCGUACUGACUCUUGGUCUGCAGUACAAUAUUUCCAAUUCUACAGUUACAUCAGUCAGCAACAAAAUAUGAUGCAGGACUAUAUUCGCACUUCAACUUACCAAAGAGCUAUUCUCGCAAAUGCUUCCGCUGACUUUCGCGGAAAAGUGGUACUGGAUGUUGGAGCUGGCUCAGGAAUUUUGAGCUUCUUCGCAAUCCAAGCUGGUGCAACAAGGGUUUAUGCUGUUGAAGCAUCUAAUAUGGCUACUCAUUGUAAUAGUCUAGUUCAAGCAAAUAAAUUGGCGGGACGCAUUGUUGUCAUCAGUGGGAAAAUAGAAGAAAUCACUUUGCCCGAACCAGUGGAUGUCAUUAUAUCUGAGCCAAUGGGUUAUAUGUUGUACAACGAGCGAAUGUUAGAAUCGUAUGUUCAUGCAAGAAAGUUUCUAGCUCCACAUCUUCGACAGCCAGUAAAAAAGAAGCAGAACAGACGUGAGUGUGAACGACCUAAUGAAGAUGAUCAAUCACCAUAUGUCAAACAGUUGUCAGAUUCUGAGCAUUCUGAUGAAGUAUUAACUGAUGAGUUGGACUGUGAAGAUAUUGACAUAGAGGAUCAAGUACAUGAUGGCGCGACAAAAUUAUCUAAUAGAUCAUUACCUUGCCCCGGAAUAAUGUUCCCAUCUGUAGCAAAUUUGUAUAUUGUUCCAUUCAGUGAUGAGGCACUCUUCGCUGAACAGUACGGAAAAGCUAACUUUUGGUAUCAGCAGAGUUUUCAUGGCAUGGAUCUAACUGCUCUACGUAGUGCUGCCGUUACGGAAUACUUCAAUCAACCUAUAGUCGACACUUUUGACAUUGGUAUUUGUCCAGCACUACCAUGUAUACACAAAGUGGAUUUCCGUACUGUAUCGGAAUCCGAACUAAGUUCAAUCGAUAUUCCUCUAAAUUUUCAAAUUACAACCUGUUCUACAAUCCAUGGCCUUGCAUUUUGGUUUGAUGUUGGUUUCUUAGGUUCUCAGAGAGAUGUUUGGUUGUCAACUGCACCAACCGAACCACUUACUCAUUGGUAUCAGGUGCGUUGUCUUUUGGGAACACCAUUAUUCGUUCAAGAAGGUCAGUCACUUAAUGGACGCGUCCUUAUGCAUGCUAAUUCUAGACAAUCCUAUGAUGUUCAAAUCGAACUGAUAGUUCCUGGUAGUGAAACAAAGAUUGUUAAUAGUUUAGAUUUGAAAAAUCCACACUUUCGAUACAAUGGAUAUCCUCCAGCACCACCGCCUGGUUCACAUGUUCGUUCACCGACGGAAGCAUAUUAUGCUAAUCUAUGCGCACAACAACAACAACAAAUGGAGAUGCAACCACAAACUAUGGUUAAUAAUGGUAAUCCUAUGUCAUUGGCUGCAGCGGCAGCUGCGGUUGUCGGUGGUGUUGGUAUGCCUAAUAAUAAUAGCGGACAAAUAAAUUAUCGAAAUAGUCCUGUUUAUACAAUGAAUCAAGCGACUGGAUUUCUUGCUGCCACUGGUUCAAUUCCAAAUGUUGUUCAAACAAUCCCUUUAGCAGUUGCCAACGAUAAUCUAUUACAAAAUCAACCACAUUCUAUGCAAUUAUCUCCUCAACCAGUUAACCAAUCUUCACUAGAAUUUGGUCGUUUUAUGACAUCGAAUCAUUCUCAAAUUGCUUCGUCAAUACUUAGAUCAGUAAACAUUCCUUCAGCUACUCCCGUUAUUGAACCUUUGACAAAUGUUUCGGGCAGUGGAGUUCAUACAAAUGAAUCUGUGUACUACAACCCUGUUAUUAGUCCGAAUUUCGGAGACUCUUGUUUCGCAAUGAAUAAUGUAGUCAAUCCUAGCAAAAAUUGGAAUUCAGGAAUACAUCAGGAAUAA